GGGAAUUAAAUUUGAGAGGUGGGAGUGGAAGGGCCCGUAUCUCAGCCGGGUGCCAGUCAGUGGUAAACAGUGUCCAGGUGACUGCUGUACAACCUUCAUGAAAACUUCCUAUAUAAAACAAGACCCAUAAGAGAUGGCAGAGUUAGAAGAAAAAGCAAGCAGCACAAGUGAGCGUCUACGAGAGGAAUAUCGCAGACACGUGCAGACACAGAUUUCUCAUGAUCUCGUGGAUACAAUCGCCACAUUGGAGCAACACCAAGAGCACCUACUGCAGUUGUGCGAACAGCUUAAACUGGCCAAGAAACAGGUGACAAACAGUUCAUCGGACACAAAGGCAACAAUCAACACAGUGUUUGACAGUUUUAUUGCUGCUGUGAAUGAAAGUGUAAAUAAGAGGCGCCAAAACCUCUUGGAUGAAGUGCAGGAGGUUGAAGAAGAGGCCCGUGGCCCCUUAGACCAGUGUGGGUGUGUGUUGGAGACUCGGGUAAGGGAAGCUGCAGAGAGAAUAGAGCAGGGAAAGCGACUUCAGAAACAUGGAGGUGUCAUGGCUAAGGACACAGUUAUUAGAUUUCAGGAGGAGGCAGCAGCUAUGACCAGUUUGCCUGAGGUUCCGGCUCUGUGUGCAGUACCUAGUGUUAGUGUUGAGUUCCCCGGUGAACCAUCAUUGAUUGAAGAAGUGCAGGACCUGAUUGAUCAGGCAGGUCGGGUCUCAAGGAUGGGUCCUGUGCAGAUCACCAACAUAGUGGAGCAGCCAGGUGCACUACUUGUAUCCUGGGAGGAGGUGGAUGAAGAUGUAUCGGAUGAUGGGCUGGAAUUCUGUUUUGAGUGUAGUAACACUGGAGCCACUGAUCGUCACACUGCAGAGUUUCACACAAAGUAUGUAGGGCCCGACUAUUCAUUUUUGCUGCGUGACCUUAUGGCUGGAGAGUCGUACCUGCUUAGAGUGGCAUCAAGACGGGAAGGCUCCAAGACCUUUGGACCUUGGAGCCUGGUACAGUCUUCUGUAACAAACAUCCCACAUUUCAGAUGGAAGAAAGGUUGUUCCUCAGGAUGGAGUAUAGCAGAUGAUGGCCGUCUUGCUUCCAAAGUAACCAGCGACUUGGAGGUCCUCCACUCAGAUGGCCCCUUGCUAAGAGCAGGAUCCUCUGUUUUAUUUAAGAUAGUGUGUGGAGGUGUAGGCUGCAGUGACGAGGGUGUUGGUCUAUGCUGCCAGCCUGUGACUGGCCCAGAACAGCUCCUCUUGCCUGGUGCGCUCUUCCUUAGUGCUCAAGAUUGUGGAGGCCCCCUGGGCAGCUGCCCACUUUGCCCUCUCCUGAAUCUGGCCCUGACCGCGAAUACUCUUUUAGGAAUCAUUGUACCUGUGACCACCAAACAGCUCCGGAUGUGUGUUUUUGGAUGGCGUGAGUCGUGUGACUCGAUUACCAGCCAUUCAAGACAAGUCACAAGUCAGCUUUGCUGUGGAGAAAGUAUCUUCGACCAAAUUCAGAGUAUAUAUUGAGAGCCAGGAGAAGCAGGUAACUUAUGAAUGGGGUAUUCCAAGUGCACAGGAUGGUUUGUAUUUUGUUGCAACGUUUGGUGAAGCACGGUGGAAAAUAAGUGUUCAUUAGUAGGUAAUAUUGUUUAAAAAGUAUCAGAUCUCAAUUAAACUUUUAUCUAUGUACUUUUCUAAUAUGUUUUAUGCUGUGGCUCUUGCAUGGCAAAUAUAUAUUUAACUAAAGAUGAAAUUGAACUAAAGUCUUGAAUCUCAUUAUGUGCCUAUAGUAAACUAGGAAUAUCAGAAUAUUAAUAAAGUAUUCUAUAUUAGUUUGAAAAUGGAGAAUAUAUUACUUAAAGAUUCACAAUUGAUAAAUACUAUUUUCUAAAACUUUUUUUCAUUACAUAUUAGAUUUAUUUCCUCAGUAAAAUCGGAAACGAGAUCCUUCACUCAUGCUGUGUUGAAGCAAGUUAUAUCUGAUUGUUGCUUUUAGAUCUCAGAUACAAGUCAGUCAAAUUGUAUGUUCUGCAGAACACUAUAUUCCAUAUUCCAGUGAUAGUAUCCAAACACAUGGUAAAAUUAUUUGUUCGCCACCCUGGAUUUUCAAGCUUUAACUGUCCUUGGGUUAUUAAUAAAUGGAUUAAAAUAAAGGAAUGAAAUGCUUGAGCUUAAGAUGUGUAAGAAAAUUAUAAUAGUGAAGAAUCAUUUCACUAUCUGCCGUAUAAGUUUGUACAUAUAUUAGCAGUUACUCUCACAUUAUGUCAAAUAAAAAAGUUUUCUUUCAGUGUAUACAUUUAAUGUCAUUUACUGUAUUUGGAAAAAAAAAUACAUUAAUAGAUAUUCA